AUGUCCAUCGACGAUGACCUCAACAGUAUAAUUGGUGAUAAUCUUUUUGAGAAAUAUCGUCGUCGUGAUUUGAGAAAUGGAUUGGCUUCGCGAAUCGGACGCGAUGCCAGUGAAUCUAGAGAGGCUUCCAGAAGAGAUUUAGACCCCCGUUCAUAUUCAAAAUCAGCCCGGCUAUAUAACGAUGAAGACAUCAACAGCUCUAUUGCAAAGCCGAAAAAAAGACUUCGCAUUACGCAAAUUCCAUUAGACGUUUCCGACUUUGUGGUGGAAGAUUUGGUAAAAGAAGUAGCCGCACCGAUCUACGCAAACUUUUAUGACCAUCCUGAAAGCCGGACAGGGAUUUUUGAGUUUGAAGAUCCAACUCAAUUGGAAGAGGUGGCUAAAGCCUUUGCCGACAGGGAAAUAAAUGGUUCGAAAGUUUCUGUAGAAAUCUACGAGCUUAAAAGUCGUCAAAACCGUCGUGUGCAGAAGAAAGGCCACGGGGGAAAACGUGGCGAGCGUGGUGGUCGCAGAGGACCAACCGAAAAGCCAACCGCGGAGCAAUUAGACAACGAGCUUGAUGCCUAUAUGAGAGACUGA